AACUGCACAGCGUUCACACAACAGCCAGAGACGGUGGACUAUAGUGGAGUGCUGCCGGUGGCUCUCUGCGCUCUUUAUCGGGCUUUUCUUCCGUACGUUGGACCUGUUCGGACUGAUAGGAAGGCCAUAAAGAGAAGAAACAACUACUGGAGCUGAGCCAGGAGUGCUCUAACCGUGCAGGACUGGGCACAAUUGAGAUCACCUGCCUGGGGGCGAUAAGACUGUUUCACACACUUUAAGGACAAAAACAAAAGUAUAUGGAAUAAUGUGAAUCACAGCUAUUGUGUUUUAAUGUAAAGAAGGAACAGGAAAAGGGAGUUCCGCGUGAAGACUUCACUUUUUUUCUGCACCUGAACGUUCAGCAGAAGAUGCGCCUUUUUCCCCAAACUUUUACGCGUGUCCCGAAAGACCACUCAAACUGAUGUGAUGUGUUUUGGGAACUGAGUAACAGCUGUUUGGAUAGACGAGCUCUGCAGCUGAGAGAAAGAGAAAAAACAAAGUUCCUUAAAAGUUUCCCCUUUAAAAAAAAAAAAAAGAAGAAGAAUUGAAGGAUUGAACCCCAGCAGAGAGUUGGAUAUGGAUGGUGUUGCGUCUGGAAUCCGUGUCUCGGAGCCUGCAGCUGGGAUGCACUGCGCAUCUGAGCCGCGACGCUUCACACCAUGAUGCGAGACCAAAACUGCACCUGACAACGAAUAACGCGAAUCCAAUCCACAAGGAUCUACCAUGUCCUCACUACUGACGAGGAAGCUGACUCUGUGCCAGGCCCUGACCUUUGUCCUGCUGCUGGUCGCUCCCGUCUGCCUGUCGUCCCCACAGAGUCCCUGGGUUUCUGCGUGGCAUCCCUCCGGCGAGGCCUCAUCAGGGCGUCCGGCGCGCGCCCGGCGGCAGCUGCACUUCAGGAACGAGUGGGCGACGUGGAGUGGCUGGUCUGUCUGCUCUCGUAGCUGUGGGAGCGGAGCCUCGGUGAGGAAGCGCACCUGCAUCACCAGGAACCCAGUGGGCGGGCCGUGUACAGGCGAUCCCAGACAAUACAAGAUCUGCAACACUAAGGAGUGUCCCCCCAGCUCGGAGGAUUUCAGAGAGAUGCAGUGUGCUGCCUUCAAUGAUAGACCGUUAGUGGCUGGAAACACCUUCAGAUGGACCACCUUUCAUGGAGGCUCUAACCCCUGUGAACUGAGCUGCCUGGCCCUGGGUCACAACUUCUACUACAACUUUGGCCGUGUGCUCGAUGGCACAGCCUGCGACAAGGAGCCUGGAGCGGUGUGUGUCAACGGACAGUGCCUGAAGCCUGGCUGUGACUCCAUCUUUGGAUCAAAGCAGCAGGAGGACGCCUGCAUGGUGUGUGGAGGACAAAACACCACCUGCCUGCACCACAAGAACGUGUACCAGAGCUACGGUCUGGAGGCAGGCGGACCUUUUGGAUACAACGAAGUGGCCAUGAUUCCAGCUGGAGCCACUCACAUCCGAGUCACUGAUAACAGCAGAAAUUAUCUAGCCCUCCAGAACGGUCGCUCCCAGUUUGUGAUCAACGGUAACUGGAAGAUCAGCAUUCCAGGCGAGUACAAUGUAGCCGGGACGAAGCUGCUGUACCGGCGCUCGGCAGACACCUGGGAGAGCUUCGAGGUACCAGGACCCACCCAGGAAGACCUCCAUCUAAUGGUGCUGGCGACAGACAGAAACCCGGGCAUCGAGUAUGAGUACUGGCUGCCACCAGGCCAGUAUGCCCUCCACCAUGGGGGGAGGAGUCCACUGCGUCAAGCUCACCACACUGGUAACUACCUCCCCUGGGAUCAACCCACCACCACAACCGCUACCACCACAACCACCACUACCAGCACCACCACCCGGCCUCCUCCUGUCACCACCCGACCCCACUGGUUUUUAAGGCCUGUGAAGCCACCCCGCCAAUCUCCCCAACACAACCGCUACCAGCCCACGCUGCCCCGCCUGGAGCGGCGGGAAGAGAACCACAGAAACCUCCUGCCUCAGCCUUCACCUGGAAGGCAUUGUGGGAAAUGUCGGCGAGUUAAAGGGCGAAGGGAACGCCACAGACAGUAUUGCCAGAAGGACUUUGUUUUCCGGGCCCGAGUCCUCGGGAAGCUGUACAGAGGCGAGGAGACGCGUUAUGACGUCCAGAUCAUCCACACAUACCGGAACGGUUUCCGCCUGGAGCACCGCGAGUUCUUGUGGGUCCCUAAUGUGUGUGACUGCCCCAACCUGGAGGAGGGGAAACAGUAUAUACUGAUGGUGCGUCGCCACAUUAACUAUGAGCACACGCUGAACCGCAUCCUGCUGGAGGAGGAGAGCUACGUGGUGCCGUACAGACCCAGAGAGGACGAGCUGCUGCGACCGCUCGAAAGACUCUGCAGCAACAGAGGACCCAGACAGCCGGCAGAACUGACGGGAUGAGUGUAGAGGCAAACAUUGGCUGAAUCUCACUUCCCUUAAAUUGCAUCCCCUGCUCCUCCCCUUGCUUCCCCUUCCUCGCGUCUUAGUCCGUCCCACCGAGGAAGCAUGGGAGAGAUGCGAGGAAAUCAUGCGAGGGGAGAGGAAACGAGGAAAUGUGUUUUCAGAGGGAUGAGACGUCCCUUCCUCUGAAGUAGG